CAUCAAGCUACGGAAAUCUCUGCACUGCCGCUGGUUUCAGGAAUGCUACCCAGGACGAAUCCUAUUGCAAACACCAACUUCUUCAGCUUUCAUCGCUAUUUUCGUGUCUAUUCAGUGUGCGCCAAAGGAACCGCUGAAACCAUAAUCUCCUGUUACACCCCGCACAAGUCAGUGCUGCUGCCAUCUCCAGACCGAUAACUGCUGACCAUGGAAGAGGAGUGGGUGCUAUCGAGGAGUCCCUCGCUCUGCGUAAUUUGAAUCAUCACUUGUUUCCAAAGUCAAAGAAGUUCUUGAAGAAAAAAUGCCGGGCUUGUUGAACCGUGCCACCUGGGCACCUCUGCUGCUGAAAGCUUCCUGUAUAAAGUCUUGUGCCAAUGGUUACUGUCUGGGUAUCACUGCUCACCUGACCUACGUUAACCCCUGGCAGGAGCCAGUAGAAGGUGUCUUUGUUUAUCCGCUAGAGGAACAGGAAGUGCUGGUGGGCUUUGAGGCAGUGACAGCAGGCCGAAUGUUGGGAAUUCACAUCCAGAACAAAUCCAAAAUGGACAACUGCUGCACAGACUGCUGUGGGAGCAGCAGUCAGGAUCUGCAGUGUGCUAGUGGGCAUCUUCUUCUGGAUGAAGACAUGGAAAACAGCACUUUCAUCAUUGGCACGGGUAUGAUUGGCCCCUUGGAUAUUGUCACUGUGAUCAUCAGUACCACCCUAGAACUCUCCACCCUGCCUGAUGGAGCUGUGUAUGUGGUCUUCCCCUCUGUGUUCACCCCAAUAGUGACUGGCAGAAUGAUUCACUCCAAGAGUGAAACCAGUGGCCGCUGUGAUGAAAAUGGGCCAACCAGCUGUUUUGGUAACACUGCUGGAAAGCUUGAGAAGAUGGAUGAGUCUGCAGAGCAGUGUGCCCAUUCAGUCUUCAUAUGCCAGGCAGUGAAUCAACAGCUUUACGAGCUGAACUUUGAGCUGUUAGUUCGCGGACCCUGUCUGCUAGCUGGAUUAGAGAGUCCUUCUCAUGCUUUGCGGGCUGAUGCUGAUCCAAAUGCCACUUGUGCAACUGCCACUUAUGUCACCCUGGCAGAGGAACACAAAGGAGACCGACUGCUGGAGAUCAUUUUACACCUAAGCGAGCCUCAUACGCCACAUAUUUUGCUAGAGACAGGUCGCAUGACUUUUGAAGAGUAUGAGCAGCAUAUCCGAAACCGACGUGAUUUCAUCCGUUCAUCCAGAAAAGAGGUGGAAGUUGACAAGAGGCUGGAAUUUGUACGCAAGCGCUUUCACAAGGACAUUCUCUUCAACCCGGUCCUCAUGCUAAACUUCUGUCCAGACCUGCGUUCAACCACCUGCCACCUCCACCGGGUCUCACGGGAACUGCUUUUCCUCAUUGACCGUAGUGGCAGUAUGAGUGGAACCAUCAUGGGGAAGGUCAAGGACGCCAUGAUUGUUGCAGUCAAGAGUUUGCCCCCCAGCACCAUGCUAAACAUUGUGGGAUUUGGUUCAGCUAUCAAGACUCUCUUCUCCUCAAGUAGAAUCUGCAGUGACGAGACUCUGGCACUGGCUGGUGAGUACCUGCAAAAGAUGAGAGCCAACAUGGGAGGCACCAAUAUCUUGGGUGCUCUAAUGUGGGUCAUGCGGCAGCCCCAACUUCGUGGUUGUCCCCGACAGCUAUUCCUCAUUACAGACAGCACCGUAACCAAUGCUGGCCAAGUGAUGGAGCUGGUGAGGAGAAAUCGCAGCAGUGCCAGGUGUUUCACUCUUGGGCUUGGUCCCCUUGUGUGUCAGAGACUCCUACGUGGUGUGGCCAAGGUGACAGGGGGAACAGCAGAAUUCUGUACUGAAGAAGAGAGGCUGCAGCCAAAGCUGAUCAAGUCUCUGAGAAAAGCACUGGAACCUGCACUUAGUGACAUCCGCAUAGACUGGUACGUACCUGACCGAGUGGAGACUUUGCUGUCCCCUGGCAGGAUCCCCCCUUUGUAUCUUGGAGAGCGGCUGAUCAGCUAUUGUGCCAUAUAUGAUGUGUCCACCUUCUGCAGCAUUAUGGGUGAGAUGCAUCCUUGCAGCUCCAGGGUACGGUCUCGUGGUUCAGUCAGUUCUGUGUUUUGUUCUGAGGGUCUUUCCCAGGAUGAACUACUAAUACCCUCAGCUUUUGUGCGCCGAGCCAGCUCUUCAGGACACAGCCCAAUCCAAGAAGCACUUUGUGAAAUCUCUAGGGAGAUCUCUUCAGAAUUCUCCUGUGCCCGUGCUUUUGAUACUGGUGAAGAGCAACGUUCUUCGAGUGACAUACGCCGGCGCAUUCGUAAGGCAUCUUACAUCCAAGACCAGUACAUUCUGACAAAGUGCUCAGUCAGCAGUGAUGCAGCCAGUCUAGAUGAGCAGGGCACAGGAGCAGGGUCAUUACCACAAGGCCUGGAGAAGGUGUCCCCUCAUGUUGGUCGAAGCCUUAUGCGCUGGGAGCCUCACUGGAAAACCACCUCCUGUGCACAGCACCCUGAACAGGACAGUAGCCAUGUGGAGGAUGUCAGGAGAAAGCAGAAGGCAAUUGCUAUGUCUGCCAUGUCGGCCCGCAGCUUCUCUUCACCCCAAGGGGAACUGGAUAUGCACAGGCUACGAAGGGCACUUGAAAGGGUGUCCUUUGACCAAGUGCUGGGGGGCAGGCAGGAGGAGCAGAACAGGCUGAAACGAUCUGAUGGGCAAGGAACCCAAUCUCAGAAGAGCCUCUCUGACUCCAAUGGCCUGCUGUUUCCAGCAUCUCCUCUUGACUGGGAUGGCCUAAUAGACCCUGACUACCUCUUCUGUCCAGUUCCCACCGAAGAAGAAAAGUGCAGUGGCCGGGCUAUCAUUCAUGGUGUACUAGAUGGUCAACCAGCCAGCUGGGAGGUGACAAUUGACCUAGAGUCUCUUUUUGCAUCUGGCAACAGGCCCACCUGUCAGCAUGGGGAGGGCUGGGAAGAGAUGGUCCACCAGCUGACUGCUCAUUCUAUCAUCAGAGAUUAUGAGAACUUGGCAGAGCAGGAGGGUGACAUCGAGCAUGGGCCAUGCAGAAGAUACCGCCUGAAAGCCAUUCAGACCAGUAAAGCCUGCAACAGCCUCUCUGUAUUCACCUCAUUUGCACCCAUUGAUGCCAACACGCAAGAGGGGUUGCCCACUCUGGUUGAAGUUCACAACUCAGUGACCCGACUUGGCUCGCACCGGUCCUCUCGUUCUGGAAGCAGCCGCCGCCAGCGGACUUACUCUGUGGGCUUAGGCCGCCGGCUGUCCAGCCGUGAAUCUGAAGAAAUGGAUGAUACCUCUGUUUCCAUGGAGAAAGAUGAUACACCUGCUUCACCUUGCAGCACUGUCUCAUGGGACAGCAGUACAGGUGGCAGUGUGUACCCAGGGAGCCCCUUGGCAUUUUCAGCAAAGUCCCAGAGUUCAGCAGAUAGCCGUUCAGCAGAAAGCUUUUUUGGAUCCAGGUUCAGCCUUGCCAAGUUACGCAGUUCAAGUUUUUCAGGAAAAUCUGUACCACUUGGUCCCAUGGAAGCUGUUGAUUAUCUGCCUCUGGUGCGACUCCAGCUGGCAUCGGGUGCAUUUGUCCUGAACGAGUCAUAUUCGGAGCAGAUCCACAUCCCACUGGAGCGUCUCAAGAGGGCCUCACCCUUUUUUAGCCACCGCACCAACCUCAGCCCUCCAUCUCAAUGCACCUCACCUCAUGCCUCAGCCGCACAACCACGAGACAGCAAAAUGUUUCCAUCUGACACUAUUGAGACUGUUGAACCUUUUGGACCUGAUGAGCAACCAUCAUCUUCAGGCCAUGACUUUUGUGCCGGGCUCCAACAAGCUGACAGUGGACGGGGCUCGGAGACAGAUGUUCAUUCUGAAGAGGGUGGGCUGUUGGCUGAACAGGACCUAGAGGGCACAAGCUGGGCAACUGCAGUUGCACUGGCCUACCUUGAGCACCGCUGUGCCAGCUUCUUUGUAGAAUGGGAACUUAUUGCUGCCAAGGCUGAAUGCUGGUUGCAUGAGCAGCAGCUCCCAGAAGGUGUGAGUCUGGCCAGUCUCAAGGGGGCAGCCCACCAGCUUUUCUUGCUUCUUCGUCACUGGGAUGAAAACAUCAAGCUCAAUAUGCUGUGCUACAACCCUAAUAAUGUCUGAGUUGGUCAGUCUGGUGAACAGCUCCAACUAUUUUUGGCAAAGGAGGCAAAAGGCCCUUUGAGAGGAGUUGGGCUAGAGCUGGCCAAACGUCCACCAGAGAUCAUGAAGCAAUCACUUAACAAAGUCCUACUGCUGCCAUGAAUACUCUGUUGGUCACUCUGCUUUCUUUUUGCCUGCAUGGCUAUCAGAAGAGUCAGAAAAGAGCCUUGCAUCAUCCAUUCCACUUAACAGCAAACAAUUUUGAAGCCAACGUCACACCGUAUCUAACCAGUUACAAAAAUCAGUUUUUAUUUCAACUAAAAUGUUUGCAUUUAACAAUAAAAUACUAUAAGACCUUAUCAUCAUGUUGUGUUUUUUUAACAAUACUGUGGUGAAAUACUUCAUACAGUGUCGGGCAAGGGAGGUUACAUCUAGACAUAAAUUGGCUCAGG